CCAUCGACAGCCACAACGACCACCAGCACCACCCACCGCACAUCCAAAACAACACCACCACAGCAACAGCACCACAGCAACAGCCAGCCAUGAGUGGCACGUCGUCGAAAGUGCAUGUGAACGACAAGAGUCGUGACGCGAGUGCAGAGUUCCGGAAGCUGCGCGAGGAUGUGAAAGCGUUUGGGUUCUCGGGCGUCUCCAACCUGCGCGACAUCAGCAUCCUGGAUUCGCGUAUCCGCCCUGGCUUGGUGUUCCGUUCCGGCACGCCCUCGGACGCCGACGCCUCGGACUUCAUCAAGCUGGUGCUUGGCAUUGGCCUGACCACCAUUGUGGACCUGCGCGACCAAGCAGAGGACGCCAAGGAUGAAGGAGAGCGGUCGCUCCUACGCGUGUUCAGCCGCACGCAGCACAAGCACAUUGAGGAAAUCGACCACGCAAACCCGGACGCCAUCGAUGCAAUUGUCGCGAACAUCUUCGCCGACACCAAGGCCAAGCCCAAGUACGUCGAGGACAGGCGCCCAACCCUUUCCGAUCGUCCAUCCCGCCAAUCAACGUCCCAUUCCCCGACUGAGGACGCCGGCACAUCUCAGCAGGACAGCUCUGGCAGUACUGGCAACCCCACGUCGUCAUCGUCCUCGUCCUCGUCGCCAAAGACCUGGCGCCGGCACUUCCGCCGCCUCGGUUCCACCUCGCUGCUCUCACGCGAAGGCAGCGGCAGCCCGCCCUCGGGUGAUACCACAGGCGACGCGUCAUCAUCAUCAACAACAACAACGGCCGCAAAUGCAACGGACACCGGCGCAGACGCGGGCUCGUCGUCUUCCGCCUCGUCUGGGGCCAAGGCGCCGGCUCCUUCGCUGGAAGACGACGAGGCCGCCGACCCCGAGGCCGUGCUGGAGAGCGGUGCGCUGGACGACCCGACGUCACCACUGGCCGAGCUGACGGAGGCGGCGCUGUCGCUGGAGAGUGGCAACAGCGACAAGCCCGUGGAUGAGGCGCGCCAGCAGUCCCUGGACGCGCAGAUUGACGAGUUCAUUCAGACGUCGGAACCCAUCCCGCGCGUGAAGUACUACAUCCCGCUGGCGGAGAAGAAGACGAUGGCGAUUGCGCUCAUAUCUGCCGUGUCCAUGCGCGACCGGCUCAAGGUCGCGGGCCAGUACCUUGUUGGCGCGACCAUUGACAAGGCCAAGAAGCACCAGGCGAAGAUGCACAUGAUGAAGAAGUUUGAUGAUAUGGGCCUCUUUGGCCUCAACAAGAUUAUCCUCCGCUACAGCCAAACGAGCCUGUGCCGCGUGCUGAAGAUUGUUGCGACUGCACGCCACCACCCCGUCCUGGUGCACUGCUUCCAUGGCAAGGACCGCACGGGCCUUGUCAUCGCGCUCAUCUUGCGGCUACUGGGCGUCCCUGCGCAGAAGAUUGCAGAUGACUACCACCUCAGCGAGGAGCACGGCAUGAGCCCUGCCGGCAGGGCACACUUUGAAAAAGUCGGCGGCCUGACGGUGGACAAGUGGUGCGUUGCGCCGCGCCGCGUGAUCAUCGAGACGCUCAAGCACAUUGACGCAGAGUACCACGGCAUCAAGGCGUACUGCGAGCAGAUUGGCUUUGGUGACGCCUGGCAGCGCCGCCUCAAGCAGACGCUGCUCCUUCCACAGCACAGCCAACGCCUGCAGCGGCACCAACAACAGCAACAACAGCAACAACAGCAACAAUCACAACACCAGCAGGAGCAGCUGGCGCCCGUGCCUGAGUCACGGUUCUGAUGCCACGAAGCCAUUGUGGCAUAUGACAUUGGUGUGGCUGGUGUGGUUUCUCUCCCCCCCCCCCAACGUGUUGCGGGUGUGGCGUGUGUGCACGGUGUUGUUG